GCCGAGCGGGCGGCCUCGCGAGAACAGCGCCACCUCUCGCGCGGCUUGGGCAGCGCGCGGUUUUUGUUCUCGCGAGGCGGGCGGUGAGGCGGCGCGCGCGGGAGUGAGGCCGCGGCGGGGCAAUGCCCGCUCGCAACUCGGGCAGCGGCAGCGGUGAGGGGCGGCCGGGGGCACGGCCGGGGGCACCGCGAGUAACCGUGCCUAACCGCCCGUUAAUCGUUGCAGAACCGCUGGGAGCCGAGAUGGGGGAGCAGGCAGAAGCGGUGGUGAUCACGCCGGCCAUGCUGAAGGAAGAGGAGCAGCUGGAGGCGGCGGGGCUGGAGCAGGAGCGGCAGAUGCUGGAGAAGGCUCGCUCUUCUUGGGAUAGGGAAUCAAGUGAAAUGCGCUAUAAGAGGCUUCAACAUUUGCUUGAAAAAAGCAACAUCUAUUCCAAAUUCUUGCUAACCAAAAUGGAACAGCAGCAGCUAGAGGAGCAGAGGAGGAAAGAGAAGUUAGAAAGAAAGAGAGAGAUGAUGUUAAAGUCUGCCAAGGGUCAAAACCCAGUUGAUGGCAAAGAGGAGAAAUCAGGUGCAAAAAAGAAGAGAGGAAGAGAAGAUGGGACAUACAACAUAUCAGAAAUUAUGUCCAAAGAGGAAAUAUUAUCAGUGGCAAAAAAAAGUAAAGUGGAAAAUCAGGAUGAAAGCUCUGCUGAAAACGUGCAUCCAGAAGACCUGCAGAAAAAUGGAGACUCAAACAGUGUCAUCAAGGACAGGUUGUGUCAAGCUGUACGACACAGUGCCAAGCACUUUCUUGAUCCAGUGCGAAAAUUUAACGGACAACCAGUGCCUUUUCAGCAGCCAAAGAUUUUUACUGGUGGUGUAAUGAGGUGGUACCAAGUGGAAGGCAUGGAGUGGCUAAGGAUGCUUUGGGAAAAUGGUAUUAAUGGCAUUUUAGCUGAUGAAAUGGGGCUGGGGAAGACAAUCCAGUGUAUUGCAACAAUAGCACUGAUGGUGGAGCGAGGGGUCCCUGGUCCAUUCUUAGUAUGUGGUCCUUUGUCUACUCUUCCAAACUGGAUGUCUGAAUUCAAGAGAUUUACCCCAGAGAUUCCACUAAUGCUCUAUCAUGGAACUCAGCAGGAGCGUCGCAAACUGGUUCGUAAAAUACGCGGAAGACAAGGAUCACUGCAAAUCUAUCCUGUGGUCAUCACUUCCUUUGAAAUAGCAAUGCGAGACAGAGCUGCCCUGCAGAACUGCUACUGGAAGUACCUCAUAGUAGAUGAAGGUCACAGGAUUAAAAAUAUGAACUGCCGCCUUAUCAGAGAAUUGAAACGAUUUAACGCAGACAAUAAACUCCUGUUGACUGGCACCCCCCUGCAAAACAACUUGGCAGAGCUUUGGUCAUUGCUUAACUUCCUAUUGCCUGAUGUUUUUGAUGAUUUGAAAAGCUUUGAAUCCUGGUUUGAUAUUACCAGCAUUACAGAAACUGCUGAAGAUAUUAUUGCUAAAGAAAGGGAGCAAAACAUCUUGCAUAUGCUGCAUCAGAUUCUGACACCCUUCUUACUGAGAAGGCUGAAAUCAGAUGUUGCUCUUGAGGUGCCUCCUAAACGAGAAGUUGUGGUGUAUGCGCCGCUGUCAAAGAAGCAGGAAACUUUCUAUACUGCCAUUGUCAAUCGCACCAUUAGGAAACUCUUUGGAAAUAAUGAGGAAGAAGUAGUUGAGUUGAGCUCUACAGGCCGACCAAAACGCCGUAGUCGGAAAGUGGUUGAUUAUUGUGAAGAUCAUAAUGGUUCACCUGAUGACUUGGAAAAAUUAAUUAGCAGAAUGCAAGAGGAAGUAGAAAAAGAGAGGCCAGUGGUAGAAGUGAGCAUUCCCAUGGAUUCCGAGGUGAACCUUAAACUGCAGAAUAUUAUGAUGUUAUUGAGGAAGUGUUGUAAUCACCCCUAUCUUAUUGAGUAUCCUUUGGAUCCUGCGACACAACAAUUCAAGGUUGAUGAAGAUCUAGUAAAGAAUUCAGGCAAGUUUCUCCUCUUGGACCGAAUGCUUCCAGAACUUAAAAAGAGAGGACAUAAGGUCUUGUUGUUCUCACAAAUGACUAUGAUGCUUGACAUUUUGAUGGAUUACUGUUACCUGAGAAACUUCAAAUUCAGUCGAUUGGAUGGCUCUAUGUCAUACUCUCAGAGAGAAGAAAAUAUGCAUCAAUUUAAUACUGACCCUGAAGUCUUCCUGUUCUUAGUGAGUACAAGAGCUGGAGGCCUGGGCAUUAACUUAACUGCGGCAGACACAGUUAUCAUAUAUGACAGUGACUGGAACCCCCAGUCAGACUUGCAGGCCCAAGACAGGUGUCACAGAAUUGGUCAGACGAAGCCAGUCGUUGUUUAUCGUCUUGUGACAGCAAAUACUAUUGACCAGACGAUUGUGGAGAGAGCUGCUGCCAAGAGGAAGCUGGAGAAGCUCAUUAUCCAUAAAAAUCAGUUUAAAGGUGGCAAAUCUGGCCUAGCACAGUCAAAAAGCUGCCUGGACCCUCAGGAAUUGCUAGAAUUACUGAAAUCCAGAGACUAUGAGAGGGAGGUUAAAGGAUCUAAAGAGAAAGUAAUCAGUGAUAAAGAUCUAGAGUUACUUUUGGAUAGAAGUGAUCUUAUUGAUCAAAUGAAGGCCUCUGAAAAAAUGAAAAAGGAAAAAAUGGGUGUCUUCAAAGUCCUAGAAGAGUCAUCAGAGUCCAAUGCAGAAUACUGCAGAUGCCAACUGUUUAACUCCCGAGGAAUCUGGAAAGUCAGACUACAGUGAACACUGAAGUUGUCAAAUAUUUUGCCCUACAUCAUAAAAGAUAAAUACGUUCCUUUUCUCAGCCAGCCACAGCAGAGAGUGAUCAAAGUCUUCAAGUAACAAAUGUGAACUUCCUCACCUAACCCAUUCCCAUGUAAUAAAUUGGAUCAACUCUGGUAUACACACUAGAAACCUACACUUCCAGACUACUCCACAAAUCUUUUGUAGUCCCCGAGUCCUGUGCCAAGCCCCUGCAGUGUUCCCAGCUGGGCUGCCAGCCUGGCUGCAGGAGCUCGGGCUGGUGACAGCCCAUGGCCCUGCACAAAGCAGGGCUUGUCACCCGUUUGCAGGGUGGCGCUGGGUGGGAGGGCAGGGAAAUGCCAGGCAGGGCCAGGCUCUAACGCCCUUGCCCCCAAAAUCAUGAGCUUUUCUGUAAUAAGUUCUGUUUUGCUGACAGACAUUUGUGUGCAAAAUAAUGUAGUGACUUUGUAGGCAGUGGAGGGCUCAGCCCAGGCUCCAGGGCCGGGACACAGAGCUGCAGAUGGCCUCAGCAGCCAGCAUUUUCCUGGGGGAGCCCUGAGCCCCCAGCCUGCUGAGAAAGCAGGUGGUGUGGAGCAGCCACAGUCCCACUGCCAGACAGGAGACCUGGUCCACAAUACAGCCAGAGCAGUUUUUGUCUUUAGGGUCACUCCUUCACCCCUGCAGGUCUGCUUCCCACCACUGCACCUGCUUAUUGUGCUGUCCCUCCUGCCAACACUGCAGCACAGAGAGCCUUUCCCUAUGGAAGUGUGCUGUGGAGAGGUGAGAAUUAACCCUCCUAAGCAGUAGUGAGGGGAGACAUCAUCCCAGCAGGAAAAAAAUCCCUCCACUCUCACCUUGGAAAAGAGCUACUUGUGUUACUGGAGUUUGGGGAGGUCUGUGCUGAUGUGUGCCAGCGGCCCAGAGAAGCCAGGCUUUUCCCAGGGAUGAUCCAAACAAAGUUGGCUGGUGGAGCUAUGGCAGCCUUGCUUGCUUGCCUCUGCCCAUAGAAGGAGCCUGAAGAGGCUGAACUAAAUUUAGCUGGGUUAGUGAACUAGUCCCCUGCCCAACCUGCCCAAAAGCUGCACUGUUUAUCUGAACAGCAGGAGGCUUAUAGGCUUGGUGUCAGGUCAGCUUUACCUCAGAUGAGGAUUGGGUUUGGGGUUGUGGUUUGAGCUUGGCUGUUUUGGUUUAUUAGCUUUUUGUUGUUUGGGUUUUUUUGGGUUUUUUUUUUUGUUUUUUUUUUUUUUUUUAAUA